UCAUCGCAGCAGAGAAAGCUUCGAGAAGCCAGUGAGAACCUGCCACCAUGAAGACUCUCAUGAUCCUCGCUGUCCUGGUGGUCUACGGAAUGUUCGUGGUCCAGGGGAGCCUGUUGGAGUUCCAGAGGAUGAUUAAGCAGGUCACCGGGAAGAACGCCGUGCCCAACUACUCUACCUACGGCUGCCAUUGCGGUUGGGGCGGAAAAGGGACGCCCAAAGACGCCACAGAUCGCUGCUGUGCGGCCCACGACUGCUGCUACUUCAGGCUGGAGAAGAAAGGGUGCCGCAUCAAAACCGAUCGAUACAACUACUCAUACCGCUCCGGCACCGUCACCUGUGGUGGGGGAUCCUGGUGUGAGAAGAUGCUUUGUGCUUGUGACAAAACAGCUGCCUAUUGUAUGCGGAGCAACCUGAAGAGCUACAAUGACAAAUUAAAAUACUUCCCAAACUGGAAGUGCUCAGGAAGAAGUCCCCAGUGCUGAGAACAUCCUCUCCGGGGAGUUGAGAGGACUAGCUGUCAUAGGCCCCAGGUUCCGGCCUGAUCUGCGCCCUCGAGUAUUUCCCAUUGGCGAUUCCCCAUUGGGAAGUCCGAGGAUUGAGUUCUACUUCAACCAGACUCCCCUGAAGUCCAGUCUCACUCCCUUCUUUCUGUGAUUGUAUUUGGAGCCAAGAGAUUUGCCAUUAGGGGUUGAGGUGGUGGGGGGAUAGCACAGGAGACCCCAGACCGGUCUCCGAGCCGGGACCUGAGGAACAGCCUUGCCACUGGGCCUCACCCCCACUUCCUUCUCCCUUCCCCCUCUACCUCUCUGUACAGUGUCCUUUCUCUAAAUAAAGUCACAGAGCAGCA